AUGUCAGAGUCCACCGUUCACGUGCUCCAUCUUGUUCACUGGAACUCUGACAAGUACAGUUUGUUUGAGGAGGCUGUUAUUGAGGAUAAUGGACUAGCUGUUAUUGCAGUCUUUCUGAAGAUUGGAAAGAGACACGAGGGUCUGCAGAAACUGGUGGAUGCCUUGCCUGCAGUCAGGCACAAGGAUAGCGUGGUAGAGUUCACCAAGUUCGACCCUGCAUGUCUCCUCCCGGAAAACAUUGAUGACUAUUGGACAUACGCAGGUUCUCUGACCACUCCUCCUCUUACUGAGGCGGUGACAUGGAUUGUGAUGAAACAGCACAUUGAAGUCAGUCAUGAUCAGUUGGCAGUGUUUCGAAGCUUGCUGUUCACAUCGGCAGAGGAGCAGUUGCAGAGAAGUAUGGUCAACAACUUCCGCGUUCAGCAGGCUUUGAAGGGACAGACUGUCCGCUCUUCUUUUACCCCCUUCCUCCAAGAUGCUCCCCCAAUGAUGUAGCAACAAAACUCAGUGACCUAAUUCACAUCCUAACCUCCAAAACAAGCACAGACUCAUCAGUCACUUUUUAUUACGGAGAGCUGAUGAAGGUCUUAACUGGAUUUUGUCAAAUGUUUUCACCAUUUCCAACCAGGCAUUUUGGUAUAGAUUGGAGAGAUUCUAUUGAAAGGGAUUAACAAAGAUAUAGUUUAGUUAUUGAAGGGCCUGUUUACCCUCUGACAAAAGGUUCAUUCAUUGCCAUUUCGCUGUUUGUACAAGUAUUGAAAAUAAUGCUAGAAUUCAGGUAAUUCUAAUUUCAGUAUGAAACACAUUUCCUCUCAAUAUAGUGGCAAAGGGUGUCCACGUUUGUGGACAAACAGCUCUCUCUUGUGGAUAACUGACAGAAUGUAAAUGGGGGGGAAUUCAGUAGUUUUAGUUUAGUGGUACACUUACCUUGUUUGCUGCGAGGGAAUUUAUUGUAUGCAUGAAACUGCACAAUGCCUUUCAUUUUUGAUUGGUUUUUAGAUGUUAAAUAAUUUUACGUAAUUUCAGUUGAGAGAAAAUUUGAAAUAUUUUAAGACUACAUUUGAGUAUUGCAGUAUAAAUAAGACUAGAAAUAUAGUCUUUUUGAAAGGUGCACUAGACAUUUAGAGGUGUGAAAGGAAGAGUAGAUUAAUGCGCACAACUGUUUAGUGAAGAUGCAUUACUGUACUUGCUGUGUACAUCAGAUUUGUAUAGAAUAGGUUAUCAUCCCUAGUGCCUUUUUCCAUUGUAAUCGGCUAUCUGAUCAACUGCGCAAGUGGUUGGUCAUAAUUGCCUUCUGGCAAAACAUGUGCCUCCAGUACAAAUCUCUUACAGUUUUUGUUGUUCUCAUCCUUUAAGCUCAUGAUUGUAAUUGUUCAUCUGUGGAUAUUUAAAGUGUAUUUAGUGUUAGUGAUUUAAAAAAAUAAUAACAGAGAAACUGUGUUUAGUCUCUAUGUAAGAAUGUCUUGUAAAAUGUAUUUGGGAGCAUCUGGAUGUUUCUUUCCACUCGUCAUGAAAUACCUUUCAGAGAGGGACCUCCAUUUUCGAUCAUGUGUGCUCUAUUUAAUUUCUCCACUAGAGGCGUACAUGAGACUAGACACAAUGUAGAAAUGAGACCUACAGUAAGACCAAUUGAUUGUGUUAUAGUUCAAUCUUGGUGCAUUCCGUUUUCCUUUAAACAUGCUGUAAAUGGCAAUAAGAAUAGAACCGUUAAAAUGAGACACUAAGAUUGUUUGAAACGUCCAGGACCUCUGGUAUGUAUCUGCAACUGAAUUGUGCAUUUACAUCAUGGCGAGGUUUUUGCAUUGAUGAUAAUAUUUAGUAGAUGGUUGAGAAGUAACGUCAAUGUUCAGUUGUUCCAGGGAGGUGCAGAAACAGCAGAGGUUCAACAUGCAGCUUUAUAACUGCCAAGAGGCGCUGGUCUCUUUGUGAUGGCUGAAUAACAAUGUUCUUGUAUAAACUGUCCCUAAAGUGGCCUCUCGUUUGAAUGGGCCACCUGCAUUUUCUCCCUAUUGGGUCCAUGGAUGAAAUUCAGAGUGAUACAAACUAGAGUGGAAAGCUGGAUUUGCACUGUACAAACAAUAGGUUACAGGGAGACCAGGAUCCAUUCCCUACACAUGCCCAAGUCUUUAGCUACUCUCAGAGUAGUGAGCAUUCCUUCACAUCAGGAGGCCCUGGAACAAUGUUUUCUCAUUGAAGCAGAGUUGAGUAGCAUGUGAAAACACCUUUUGUUGUUUGAAUAUAAAUUAUGCAGUGGAUGAAUUAUAGUUUGAGGUUUUGUGACAUUCUGACUCUUUUUGCUGUAAUGGGUUGGCAUGAGGGACAUGGAUUUGUAUUUUUUUUUUUUUUCCCCUCCACACACUUUUGGUAGGAUUUGCCUUUUUGUUAUUUUUAAGUAGCUUAAGGCCUUCCACUUUUAAAGGAAAUCAACAAUCACCGUUUAACACGAAAACUAGUUUUGUUUUAUAGGCAGCCCCUUCCUUCACUUAUCUAAAGUCAUUUUCAUAACUGUCACUUAUGCUGCCUAUUAUAAAUUUUAUGAUGCAAAUGUAUGCAAAACUUUCAUAUAAUUUCUGUUGUAUUGUGUGUAAAUGUUGUAUUUUUUCAUGUUUCAUGGGAUAUUGUAGGAAACUGGUCUUUUUUUUUUUUUUUUUACAUUCAACCAUUUUUGGUUGAUUUAGUUUUGUUUUACUUUGGGGUGGACACAAGCAUGUGCCCUAGGGAUUUAAGCAGGAAAAGGGUGGUGCCGGAGGUUUAUGGAGGCCCCAUCCCAGCAAGUGUUGUUUCACCAGGUGCUGGUUAGGUCCGGAUCAGCUGCACUAAAAAGUGCAUGUUUUGGCGGACUUAGCAAAGGUGGAGCCUACAGACCCAGAGGUGAACAUCAACAACUGCACAAUGUAACUACUCAUUCAUGCUGUCUGACAUGUGUAUUAACAUUUUAAUGUGUAAAAAAUAUAAAUAAAAAUAAAACUAUCUUGGAUAGGU